AUGCUGCGAAGGGGAAGCAAGGGGAGCGGACCGGCUCUGCCCCAUCCCAUCGCACCCCACUCCAUCCCAUCCCGUCCCCUCCCCGGCCUUCCCGCCGCGCAGAGCCCGCACUCACCGCGCCCAGUCCCGGCGCUGCCGGCAGAGAUCACAACGGUACCGGCGACGCGCGGCCCCGCUGGGGGCUUGUUACGGUUUCGAGGCUCACGGAACAGGCCGCGGGGCAGGCGGACCUACGGGCGCACGGCAAAAGCUACUCCAGGAACCUCAGCCCCGACCCCUGGGCACAGCCUCCCGGGCAGGCUCCAGCUGGAAGCAGCAAGGCCGCCAGCCCGGAUCUUUCAGGCUGGAACAGAGGCUGACAAGUCUCACAUUUUCCAGGUGCAGUUUCACAGUACCUCUAACAAGUCGGAGCUUCCAUCUCUCUGCUGCAGACUGAAUGUCCUUGCUCCCACAUGGAUUUCAGGUGCUUCAGGUUGUGCACUUCUGCUGAGUGUAACUCUCCCUUGCCUCCUCCUUUAUGCCCUACCUGCUGGAGAUCUCACCAAGCCAUGGGACUGCCUCAUCAACCUCUUCUUAGCCCUGGACAAGCUGGCCCUGUGUGCCACAGGAAGAAGCUCUGUGGGGAACCCCAAUGCCUGCACUUUUUCUUGUCUGCUCCUGUCCCCAGGCCAGGCACCACUGACUGACAUCCAGGCCUCAGUGGUGUUGUUGGGGAUGCUCCACAAAAUACUUUAUCUGUUUCAGAAGGAUGAACAUCUAGGUCAAACUAAUAAUUUCAGCAAAGUUGGAAACAAAUUUUGAUUAAUUAUGAUUAAGGAAAAAAUAUAACCUGCCAGGUUAUCAUUAGAAUAAUGAGUCCAAAAAUUAUACUUACUACAGACAGGGUGUCCAGGUAAAGAGUCAAAUACGACUUGUUUUGUUUGUGGAGGAUUUAGAAAGAGGACCAUGGGAAACCUUUCCUGCAGCUACAGGUAUGCAAAUGCCUGCCUGAUUUUCAUAGGAUUUACUGAUGUAGAAUAUGCUCUUUUGUUUGUCAUAAGAUACAUUUUCAUUUAAACCAGUUCUUUGAAAGACUCCAAACAUUCUGUUUUGAAAGCAAAGCAGAAACAGAUUUACUUGCUCUUUAUAAAUAAAGCUAUGGUUAACUAGUAAUUCCCUGAGGAUGUAUGAUACUUCCAAAGGCUUUAAAACAGGAAGUUAAGACAAGGAAGUCUAUGGUCAGGAAGCCGACAUUCACUACAAGAUGUGUAAAAUGUCUUUGCAAACUUUGAGAGGAGUCUUCAAACAAAAAUUAAAAUGAUCCUUGUAUAACAAAAUGUCACAGUAUCCUCAAAACCAAAUCUGACUGAAAGGAUUCUCGUUGUCUCUCGUGUUGCAACUCCUUUGUAUCAUUCCAGUAAGAAACACCCACCGAAGAUCUCUGUGGGAUGUGAUGAGUGUAACAGCACUUCCCAGACAGUGAAGUCAUUCUGUACUGACGCUGAUUUUCAGCCUUAUCACAGAGGUCAAAAGAAGAGAAAGGAAUCUUGAGGAGAGGCUGAAGCCAAGGCCUAGAAGGUUUCUGUUUUUCACCCACAAUUCAGUGCAAGCUUGAAAAGAGUAAAGAGCUUCUCACCUUGUUCCUGAUAUCAGGAAAGGGAUUGCAUAAUCUUAGCACUUCUAAUCUAAGUAAUAAAUCAAUAUCUGGA